GUAAUAUAUACAUCACUUGUGUCAUGGCGGUACUCAAACGGGAUAUGAAGAGGGCACUGAUUGAAAUGACUGCGCGACCGUCUUGUUUCCAGAUAGACAAUGCCCGAAGCACAAUUAACAGCUAUACUGGCUUGUCACUGUCUGUGCACGUGGAAUACAGAUUUCUGGAGGGAUUCAGAGUGAGCGAGCAAUCUAUGAAGCUUUUGUUGGAAUCGCUGACUGGCAUCAGUCCGAAGAGCACCCAACAGUUACGGGCUAUUUUAGAUUGCAUACAGAAUUCAAAGAAAUGUAGGGAUGUACUUGAGAGCAUGGAGGACGACAAGGAGUUUGCUUUUUUCAAAUGGGCAUUGACUUCUCAAAGAGAUUCAGACGGAGAUUUUAAUAUCUGCAUUGCGUUUGCUGUCACCAAGUUUGAGAAAUCUGUACCGUGGUACGGCAAACUACUUAGCGAUAUCACAGGUGGUGCAGCACUUGCUGAUAGGAAGAAGUUUCAGGACGCAAUAAAGGUUGUGUGCACAGCAGAGAUGGUUGAUUUUCUAAAGGUUUGACUUCUAUAGUUAUGGCAUGCAGCCCUCUUGACAGUAGAAGCUUGACUUACGUCAGUACCGUAUGAACUGGCUCGCUGUUUGGUUGCAUGUUGUUUGUUCUUGUUUGACAGUUUAGUUAACGAUUAUACUGUCGCGUUUCAACUAUUUGUGCAGAAAUAUAAUCUGUUGCAUAUUAGCUAAAACACCCUCAUUGUGCUGCAAAGUCAUGCAGGCGCUGAUACUUAUUUGAAAAUCGUGAGAAUAUUGAU